CUUUACCGAUCACGCAUCACUUCCACUCACCGCGUGUCCUAUAAUAAUCUACUUUCCUCCGCUAAAUUGCAUCUACUCACGUGGAAAUGUGUCGGAAGGACUAACUUUGAACUUUUAAUGGGUGCACGUGAGAAGGAGCUGGAGAAGAAGUAGUAGGAAGGAGGUGGACCCGCGCUCACUUGAGCCUCGCUCACUCGCCCGCCCGUUCGCUCACUCGCUCCCUGCCGGUCUUUUGUAUCCAGCAGCUGCGCGUACAUGCUCGGCCACUGGCGCUCCAUGAGGGGCACCUUCUUACAGAUUUCCUGCAAGGAUUCCUUGCGCGCAGAAGAGGGAUAAACCAACUUCUACUUUGACUACUUUUACUGCAACUACUACUACCACCACCACCUCCACCACCAGGCUCCCCCGGUGCGCUUUGGAUUGUAAAGCUGAGCACAGCACCCAGUACCCCGGUGCGCCACAGCCGCGCGACCCCCUCUCAUCCUUUUGCCAUGGAUGUACGUUUUUACCCCAAUGCCGGUGGAAAUUCUAUUCCUGGAGAACCAGCGAACCUGGAUUUCUCCCACUGUUUGGGAUACUACAACUUCAACAAGUUCCAGAACAACAACAACUACAUGAAUAUGUCAGAAGCGAAUGGCGCCCUGCUGACUGCUAGUGAUACCUUUCACACACCAAGUCUAGGGGACGAGGAGUUUGAGAUUCCCCCUAUCACACCUCCACCGGAAAUGGAGUCCGGCCUCGGCCUGUCUGAUGGCGAAUCGCCUUUCCCCACCAUGCCGGAGCCUCCGGUCCAGCACAGGGGCUCACUCAUCCCUCAGUUCCCCCCUCAGAGCUUGGACCUGCCUUCCAUCACAAUCUCGCGUAACAUGAUGGACCAGGAAGGACUGACAAUCAGCAAUGGCCAACCGGUGAACGUUGGAUCGGCCCAUAUCCGCCAGUACGCAACCAACCCAGCUAUGCUGAUGAAGUCCAUCGCCAACAUAAACGGCCCCAACGGGAUGAUCUCACGGAAUCAGCUGACCACCAUCAACCAAUCGCAUCUCAACGCGCAGCUGAACCUGAACAUGGGCGGCGCCAACAUCGCCCACACUUCGCCAUCACCGCCGGCUAGCAAGUCUGCCACACCAUCGCCUUCCAGCUCCAUCAACGAAGAUGACCAGGACGACGGCAACAGGGUUGUGGGCGAAAAGAGACCGGCACCCGUCGAUCCUACGAAAAAGCCCAAGACCCCCAAGAAGAAGAAGAAGAAGGAUCCUAACGAACCUCAGAAGCCAGUGUCGGCAUAUGCCCUGUUCUUCAGAGACACUCAGGCGGCUAUCAAGGGUCAGAACCCCAACGCCACCUUUGGCGAAGUGUCCAAGAUUGUGGCAUCCAUGUGGGACGGUCUUGGAGAAGAGCAGAAACAGGUGUACAAAAGCAAAACAGAGGCUGCCAAGAAAGAGUACUUGAAGGCCUUGGCAGCAUACCGCGCUAGUCUGGUGUCCAAGGCUGCGGCAGAAUCUGCAGAGGCCCAGACGAUCCGGUCUGUGCAGCAGACUUUGGCCUCCACCAGCCUCUCUCCGGGCUUGGUGCUGCCCUCUCCGCUCAAUCACCACCCCUCCAUGCCGUCGGCCUCGCAGGCUCUUCAGCAAGCCCUACCCCGAGCCAUCGCCCCCAAGCCUCUGCAGAUGAGAAUCGGGGGCAAUCAAAUCGUCACCUCGGUCACCGUUUCCCACCAGAACAUGUCCCCGAUGCCGCAAAUGCUCGGUCAGAUGGGCUCCGGCGGGACCAUGGCGCACUCCUCGGUUGUGUCGCAGAUGAGCCCGCCCAUGCAGCAGCAGCAGCAGCAUACCAUGCAGCAACAAAUGCAGCAGCAUCUCCAGCACCACCAGAUGCAGCAGCAGCAGAUGCACCACCAGCAGAUUCAGCAGCAGAUGCAGCAUCAGCACUUCCAACACCACCUCCAACAGCAACUCCAACAGCACCACAUCCAACAACAACAACACCACCACCACCACCAACAACAACAACAACAACAGCAACAACAACAACAGCAGCAGCACUUGCAAAUGCAGCACAUGCAGAUGCAGCAACAAAUGCAUCAGCAGCAAAUCCAACAUCUUCAACAACACCAGUCCCAGUGUUCCCCGCCGCAUCACUCUCCUGGAACGCCCCAUUCUGUUGGCUCGGCAUCUCUCGGAAGUCCUCAGCCAGCCCCCCAGCAGCAGAACCCUCCGCCGCCGCAACACCCCUCCCAGGCCCACACGCAGGUCCUUUCCCAGGUCAGCAUUUUCUGAACCAAAAUUCCUUCAAGGACAUUAGAAUAAAAGCAUCAGUCCAGGUUGCUUUUCAGCGUUGCACUUAACAAGUGUCACAAUUUAGAAUGUUAUAUCAAGAAGAACUGGUGUCCAUUGUUAUAGACGGAUAUGCACUCGCGUGGAAAUGUGAGGCCAAAGGGGGAGAGGGCUUGAUGGGGUUUCGUCCAAGCUAGGACGCCGUUUACAGACACUCCCUAACUUAC